UCUCGGUUUUCAGCUGCAGUCAGGCCCGAAUGGUUUGACCACGGAAACGUGAAUGGCGACUGGCUUGACCGCAGUGAAGUAAGACAGAAAGCCUUACUCUUGUUCUCUGGAAGAGACUUUGACACUGGAUUACUCAAAAACUAUAAGCUGAAUGUUCUUCCCAGCGCGCUUUGUUUUACCUCCAGCACGAUCAUGUGAAGUCAGCGCUGCAUUCAGUCCAAUGAGCCCGAUGACAUGUAGGUGGAUGACAGUCCGUCAUUGGUGGAGAGGCGAGUGACGUCACGCAGCAGUCCGGGCAGUGUUUUAAGAAUGAGGCAAGUUUAGUCAGUGUGUUGUUGAGACGCUGCCGGAGCCUGAACCCUGCGACAGACAGCUGAAUGACUCCAGCCUCACGUCUUAUGGGCUUUCACAGGGUCAGCGCUGUUCUGUCUUAACUACUGGACUUAUUACUAUAACACCGGAGGACGUAUCCAUGCGCCACGGCAGGAUUGUUAUUCUCUCAUAGAUAAGGUGCAGCUCUGACUGAGAUGGCUCCGUUACUGCACAGCCACAGGACUCUUCUUCUGGCCGUGGCCUUCUGUUUCCUGCCUUGCAUCGCUUCCUCCCUCAACCUGGAGGAUCCCAACGUCUGCAGCCACUGGGAGAGUUACUCAGUGACGGUCCAGGAGUCGUACGCUCAUCCUUUUGACCAGGUUUAUUACACCAGCUGCACCGACAUCCUGAACUGGUUCAAGUGCACCAGACACAGGGUGAGCUAUCGGACAGCGUAUCGCAGAGGUGAGAAAACCAUGUACCGCAGGAAGUCCCAGUGCUGUCCGGGGUUCUAUGAGGACGGAGAGAUCUGUGCACCUCACUGUGCAGAGAGCUGUGUUCACGGCCGUUGUAUGGCUCCCAACACCUGCCACUGCGAACCGGGCUGGGGGGGCUCCAACUGCUCCAGCGCUUGUGACAGUAACCACUGGGGCCCCCACUGCAGUAACAGAUGUCAGUGCCAGAAUGGAGCUCUGUGUAACCCCAUCACUGGAGCCUGUAUCUGCACUCCUGGAUACAGAGGCUGGCGCUGUGAGGCCCAGUGCGAAGUGGGCACCUAUGGAACCGGAUGCCAACAGAAAUGUCAAUGCCAGAACGGUGCUGCCUGUCACCAUGUGACUGGAGAAUGCAAGUGCUCACCGGGAUAUACCGGAGCUUUCUGUGAAGACCUGUGUCCUCCAGGAAAACACGGGCAGCAGUGUGAGGAGAGAUGUCCAUGUCAGAACGGAGGAGUGUGUCACCAUGUGACUGGAGAGUGCUCCUGCCCUGCAGGAUGGAUGGGUACAGUGUGUGGACAGCCAUGUCCAGAGGGGAGAUUUGGACAAAACUGUUCCCAGGAGUGUCAGUGUCACAACAACGGCUUUUGUGUGUUGUCCACUGGACAGUGUCUUUGCACCCCCGGAUACUCAGGAGAAAGGUGCCAGGACGAGUGUCCAGUUGGUACUUAUGGUGCUGGCUGUGCAAAGACAUGUCGCUGUAAGAACAACGGCAAGUGCUACCACACCAACGGAGUUUGUCUGUGUGAGCCUGGAUACACAGGGGAGAUCUGCGAUACCCGACUGUGUCCUGAAGCGCACUACGGCCUCCGGUGUGACAGGAAGUGUCCGUGUACUGCCCAGAACACACAAAGCUGCCACCCGAUGUCGGGGGAGUGUACAUGUCAGCCCGGUUGGUCCGGCCUCUACUGUAAUGAGACGUGCACCCCAGGAUUCUAUGGCGCAUCCUGCCGGCAGGUGUGCCAGUGCCAGAACGGUGCCGACUGCCACAGUGUGACCGGAGAGUGUAUCUGUGCUCCAGGCUUUACGGGUCCCAACUGUUCGGUCCCCUGCCCGGCAGGGACACAUGGAGUGAACUGCUCAUCCAGCUGUAACUGUAAGAACAGAGCUCAGUGUUCACCUGUGGACGGAUCCUGCUCCUGUAAACCAGGGUGGCAUGGGGUGGACUGCUCCAUCAACUGCCCCAGUGGUACCUGGGGUCUGAGCUGUAACCUCACCUGCAAGUGUGGGAAUGGAGGGUCGUGUAACGCCCUGGACGGUCACUGCACCUGUGCCCCCGGCUGGAGGGGAGAGAAGUGUGAGCUGCACUGCCAGGACGGCACCUAUGGUCUUGAGUGUAAAGAACGCUGUGACUGUAGUCACGCUGAUGGAUGUCACCACUCCACUGGUCACUGCCGCUGUCUGGCUGGAUGGACUGGUAUCCACUGUGACAGUGUGUGUGCAGAGGGCCGCUGGGGCCCGAACUGUUCCACCCCCUGUAACUGUAAGAACGGAGCCUCCUGCUCUCCAGAUGAAGGAACGUGUGAGUGUGCUCCCGGAUACAGAGGCACCACUUGCCAGAGGAUCUGCUCUCCAGGUUACUUCGGUCACCGCUGCAGUCAGACCUGUCCACAGUGCGUCCACAGUAACGGACCGUGUCACCACAUCACGGGACAGUGUGACUGUUUGCCGGGCUUCAAGGGGACGCUGUGCAACGAAGUUUGUCCCAGUGGUCGCUUCGGGAAGAACUGUGUGUGGAGCUGCAGCUGUACCAACAACGCCACCUGUAACCCCAUCGACGGCUCCUGUCAGUGUUAUCCAGGAUGGAUUGGCAGCGACUGCUCCCAGCCGUGUCCCCCUGGUCAGUGGGGACCCAACUGCAUCCACACAUGUAACUGUCACAAUGGAGCCUACUGCAGCGCUUAUGAUGGCGAGUGCAAGUGCACCCCAGGAUGGACCGGCCUCUACUGCACACAACGCUGUCCUCUAGGCUUCUAUGGGAAGGACUGUUCUCAGACCUGCCAGUGCAGGAACGGAGCCGACUGCGACCACAUCUCUGGACAGUGCACCUGUCGCACCGGCUUCAUGGGACGUCACUGUGAACAAAAGUGUCCUCCUGGUUCAUAUGGUUACGGCUGCCGUCAGGUGUGUGACUGUCUGAAUAACUCCACCUGUGAUCACAUGACCGGAACGUGUUACUGCAACCCAGGCUGGAAGGGAGCUCGCUGUGACCAAGCUGGUGUGGUGGUGGUGGGCAGCCUCAACAGUCUGACCAGUGCAGCCAUGCCGGUAGACACCUACCAGAUUGGAGCCAUCGCAGGAAUCAUCAUCCUGGUGCUGCUGGUGCUCUUCCUCCUGCUCCUCCUCAUCAUCUACAGGAACAAGCAGAAGGGCAAAGAGCCCACCAUGCCGGCUGUGACCUACACUCCUGCCAUGAGGGUCACUGCGGAUUACACCGUCACAGAUGCUCACCCACCAGCAUGUGAGGCCCACCCCAGCAACUACUUCUCCAACCCCAGCUACCACACUCUGACCCAGUGCAUCAGCCCCCCGCGAAUUAACAACGGCCCCUAUGGAAAGAAGAACAACCAGCUGUUUGUGAACUUGAAGAACGUGGAUCCGAGGAAAGGGGCUCCUCUACCUGAUCACACCGGCACCCUGCCUGCAGACUGGAAACAAGGGGACUGCUUCAAUGAACUGGGAGCGUACGGGAUCGAUAGGAGAUACAUGGGGAAAUCAUUACGAGAUCUGGUGAAGGGCACGCCCUACCACGCUAGUUCCUGUUCCCUCAACAGCUCUGAAAACCCGUACGCCACGAUAAAGGACCCUCCCCUGCUGACGGCCAAAAACACAGAGUGUGGCUACGUGGAAAUGAAGUCACCAGCCAGACGGGAUUCACCGUACACUGAGAUCAGCAACAGCAACCCCGCCAACAACCGCAACGUCUAUGAAGUUGAGCCGACGUUAAGCACCAUCCCGCCCCCCGGAGACGGCAGCGACCACGUACAGUUUGGUCAGGAUCCGUACGAUCUACCAAAAAACAGCCACAUCCCGUGUCACUAUGACCUCCUGCCAGCCAGAGAGAGUCCGUCAUCAGAGCUCAAGGAGCCGGACAGUGAAUGAUGGCGCAGACACUCAGUGCAGAGAUCAGGUCUCACUUCCAGUCAACAGCUCCAGCACUGGAUGAUUCCUCCAGCAGGCACACCUUAUGCCCAUGUCAUACUAUCACUUGUUAUACUUUGUCAUUAUCAGUGUAAUUAUGUAUCAUGACUUUUCUCUGAACAGAGUGGAUAUGAAUUUGGAGGUACAGCUUUUAUAUUUUAUAGCAUUUUUUUUAAAACUGCAAUGAAGUCUUCGUAGGUCAUUCCAUGUGUCAGGGAGGGAAGGUUUGCUUUUGCUGUUUGUUUUGGACAAACCAGGUUCUAUGAGGUUUUGUCCGACCUUUGAUGAACGACGAAAGUGUUUCAAGUGUUCCCGACCUCUCUCCAAGAACUGUGUCUUGCGGUCUCAAAUGGCGAUAACACACACAUUCAGAUGGUGUCAAAGCAUUUGUGGUGUUGAACGUAGUUGUACAGACGAGAAGUGACCCGCCCCCUUGUCACAUCUCCACACACCUGGCUAAUUGCUGCAUAAAAGUGGGCAUGAUGAGAUUGUGUGAUUCAGAAAGUUGCAAAAACAGUCAGAGGCAGAACCCUCCCAAUUCCAGUGUUGAAAAAGUGGUUUCAGAUGCUUUUAAAUGAUCAAAGCACUUUGUUUCAAGCGUACUGAAGCCUUUAUAUUGUUUGUGUAUAAUAUUCAACACCAAUCAAAUCUCUUUUUGUAACAACAGUAUUAGAAAAUGGCUAAUUUGGUUGAAUAUUAGCGAUUGUAUCAAAGAUUAGGUGUUUACGUUUCGAGGACGAGUCGAGCUGCUGAAGGUGUUGAUGUUUGCACAUAGUAAUGACAUCAGAUGUAAUCAGUCAGUGCUGAAUUAGUAUUUAAGUUAACCAAAGGUACAAAACUAUUUUUACAAAAGUAUUUCAAGUUGCUCCUUCUCCUCUUAUUGUAACAAUAUUCCAUUUUUGAUUUUAUGUCAUUUCAUAUAAUUUCCUGUUCAGUUCAUCAGUAGAAUAAUAUGUAGAAUAUCGUGUUUUGAUUUUAUUUUAAACAACUAAAACCAUCAUUCAUAAACAUCAUAUCAGCUAUUCAUACUGCUCCAUGGUCAUUAUCGCCAACAUGUUCUUCCAUAAGUACUUUUAUUUUUGCUGCACAUAUAUUGCAUGUUUGUUGCUGAGCUACUGUAGUCCGUUUAAAGUGAUUAUCAAAGGUAGUUGGAAACAAGAUGGUGAUCUUGGUCGACAUGAUCCCCAUGGCAACAUGUUGACCCUGUCUCCAGCCUGUUUCUAGUAUUGGUGUGUUUGGAUAUCAUGUGUGGAUCCGGUGAAACAUGUUAAUGCAGGUGUAAAUGCACGAACACAUCUCAGUCUGAAUGCUUCUGGACUGGCCACACUGUGAUCAGAUCCCAGUUCUUAAAGAGGAAAAAUGAUUUGGUUUGUAAUUAACACAUAACCGCAUUGAUUCUUGUUGCAUAUAAUGUUAAUACAGGUGAUUCUAUACAACAAAACAACUUCUUCUUUGGCUCAAGUUAGCUUGUAUGUGUGUUCGGAUUUGAAAGUUGGUUCUCCAACCCCAAAUUGUGUUUCAUAUGUCAGCUACCACACAACAGCCCCAGUUUGAGUCCCUCACACAAACAGUAGCUCCUGAUAAACAGUGGUGGGAAAAUGACCAAGACCUAUUCCUCUGUAGUGUCAGUAAACACAACACAUGGGCCUGUGAUAACUCUGCUUCAUUAACACAGUAGUUAGGUAUUUAGGACUGAUGAAGCGGCAGGGCUAUGGCUAUGUACUGGAUCACAAUGCAGACAGAAUAAGAUUUAAAAAAGAAAAUAUAACCACCCAGUUUUCAAGCAUUAGUCCCAGCCUCCCAGUGGGAAUGUCAUUCAGUACGCUGCAGGUACUUUUUGAUUUUCUGAACACUUCACAAUGCUGUUUGUGAAAUGUUGUCAUGACAGGAUUUUGGCUACAAGCUCUGACACUGAACACUGACAUGAUUUGAUCAUUUCAUAUUUUUCUGAUGACAUACUGAACAUAAGUUAAAUGCAUUCUCUUUUUGUUUGUUUGCUCAUUGUGUUGAUGUACUGAAUAACUUUGUUAUGCAUGAAUGGAGUGUUACUUAAUACAUUAUUUUAGGUUCUGUGUGAAAGUAGACACAGCACACAGCAUGGUGAAAAUUACCAAGACUACAUGGUUGCAAACAUGGGAACUCGAACCCGUGUGUAGAGCCACCCAGUGAUGUUCAGGAGGCACUGCAGGAACCAGAACCUGGGCCUCUACAGAACCUGAACCAUGUACAGGUCUUCACUGUGUUUCCACGGCUUUUUACAAACCAGGAUGUUCCAGAUAUAAACCAUUAAAAAUGCAACAGUGAGACAAUCUUCAUCAUGUUUGGAAGAAGCUUAACAACCUACAACCUGGAGCUUUGCUACUUGACUCUUCCGUAUAUACACAGUGUAUUUUACAAACCAGGACAUUUUCCGAUAUAAACUCUUAAAUGGCAAAACAAAGAAGGCAAACAAACGGACAACUAUAGAAGAUGUGGCUCUAAUAUUAUUUAUGUGAAGAUUUAUUGCUGAUGAAGAAUCUGUGGCAACCGCCUCUGUCACCAAACACUAGUGAAACCCUGGACGUGUUGGCUUGUCCGGCACAUGUUCUCCACUGUUCUUCUCUUUGGUUCUCCAGCUCCACACAGUAGUGAAAUAGUGGUUAAGACACAUGUUCCUGAGCCUUUCAUAUCACCCUCACCCAACAGUGCAAACAAAACCAGCCUGUGUCAAUGGCAUCAUGUUAAACUACAUUAACAUUAUAUCAAGGUUCUGCAGUGUUGGUUUGUCCACUGAGCGUUUUCCACUGUCUUUAUUCUUCUUUUUUUUAAGUUUUUGUUGUCCUGCUCCGGAUGUCACAUGCUGGUUAUUGUUGUGCUUGUUGUUUGACCAAUCACAAUUGACAGCACUGCUGACAAUCUAACUUCCAGGUACUGCUAACAAAGUUACCUGGAACUUGCAGUUAACAUUGAGCAGAGCCCAGAUUUAGUUCCAGGGACUUCCAAGUCCCCAAAGCAGGGAUCCAGUCCAGCAGGAGAUUUCAGGACCUCCUGUGUGGAGACUUCCCACCAGUGCUGAUCUUUAGACUGAAGAACCCAACACGAUAUGUUUGCUGGGUGUGAUAAGAGUUCCACAAUAACAUGAUCAUGUUGUCACCACUUCAUCCUCAUAUCACCAGAUUAAUCCAGUCAUCUGUACAUUAACACCCAGUCACUGACAGUUGAUCUUUAAUACUGCCAAUUUAAAGGGCUCAGCAUGUCUAAUGAAAUGCAAGCUUAAGCUGGACUUUAGCUUUUUGGAUCAUUUUGACGGGACCGUUCACAUUAUUAACCAGUGAUAAACUUUGUCAUAUUCCACAGAAAAGUGUCAAGAAAAAUGUCACUAGUUUGAUUGUAGUUUUUCUGUAUUUCCUUUGUCCUGAAAGGCCUAGAAUAGCAAACAGUCUUAAGCUAUUCUGAGCCUGUCUGAAAUGUUUGUAAAAUAAUGUAAAUAAUUUUAUCAGUGCUGAUGUAAAAAAUGUUAAUAUCACCUAGCGUCUUAUGUCUGAAACUGAGAACAGGAACACAUGUGGCAUUUGGUUAAUCAUGUAACAAUUACAGUAUGUAAACUAGGAAACUUGAGACUUUCUUUUGUAAUGUUUCCCCUUUCUAAUCUGCCAGAACACUGUGUAUUUAAAUGACCACUAAAGAUGUUUGCUCUGAAAGGA